AUAUGAUAAACCGAGACAGUACCAGAGAGAAGGACGUUAUAUUUGGUACGUGUACGUACAAUCACAACAUGCAGCUAUCGAUUUUCUUUCCUGUCCUUGGUAUACAGUUUGUGGUUUGUCUUUCUCGUCGUUUGAAGGUGGAUCCUGUAAAAUUUAAAGACUGUAGCCAUGUACGAGCUCUGGGUCAUCUGAAGAACAGCACAUACACAUUAUGGAUGAAUGACACAACACCCUUCAAGGUACGCUGUGAACAUGGAACCUCUAACUCCUUCACCGUGAUUCUUCGGAGGAUGUAUGGAACAGAAAAUUUCUACCGUGGUUUCCAUGACUAUCAGUACGGGUUUGGUCAUCCCCAGGGAGAUUACUGGGCGGGGCUAAACCAAAUCUACUACUUGACCAGUGCAGCUGGUAACAACAUCCUAACUAUCAACAUGCAGGACUGGUACGGUAACAAUAGGAAUGUUCGCUACAAUCACUUCCGGGUCAAUGCUGCGCCAUAUUUCCAGCUUUCCAUCGGGUCUUUUCAAGGUCAAGUUCCAGAUGACCUUUCAUUUAACAAUGGCAUGUAUUUUGCCACCUACGACAAACCCGAUGCACAUAGUUGCGCUGUCCAUCAGAAAGGGGGAUGGUGGUACAAUUACUGUACCUUCGCCCUACCAACGGGGGUAUACUACCACGGGGGACCCUACACGCCUUCUGGUGGAUAUUACGACGGUAUUUACUGGAAAGAUUGGCAAGGAUACGGAUAUUCUCUGAAAUAUUUAGCCAUGACUGUUUCAAAUUCAUAAGGUGAACGUAAAGGCGAUGUAUAAUACUGCAGAUUUUGCGUGCAUAAAAGUACAAUAACUGAUGUAGAUAUUGUAAAGAUGUCAACGAAAUGCUAACAGAAGAAAACUUAUGAAAACUUUUUGUUUGUUUGUUUUUUAGAUUGUAGGAAUUGUGAAGAAUUUAUCAAACUACGAAUGUAAAUUACGAACUUCUGAACCUCGAGUGGGAAAUAAAAGUCACCAUUUGGAUAAUUUUAUGAAGUUAUUGAACAAUUUUAUAGUGUUUGUAAACGUACUAACAAAAAUUAUUUUCAGUAAAUUGGGUGUGAAGAGGAGGGAACAUAGAUUCUUAUUGUCAUUCGUUUAUUGUAGUGUACAUGUAUACCAAUAACAAACUCUAGAAAAUGUCAUAUUUGAGGUUGCGGAAAGUUAAUUAAGAAUAUAACUAGUAACACUAAUCUAAAAAUAAUUAUUAAGUACAUGUACUAGCGAUGUUGAUUAACCCUCUCAUUAUGGUGGUCAUCAAAUACUAGUAAUUACAUCUACAUGUAACUACAUGUACUUGCCAUUUGCAUUUAUUAGCAUAAUAAUGAGAGUGUUAUUGAAUUUAUAUCAGUGUAUUUUUGCACGAAUAUAAGAUUUUCAAUUACAUAAUUAUGUUAAUGCAUUUUGAAACCGAAUGAGUAUCGUUAUCCAUGAAUAUAAAUUCAAAAAUUUGGGUUUUUAAAAUUUUUUUUAGACAGGUCUGUUGUAUCUCUAUGUUUAGUUUAUCAGUUGAGGCAUAUUUUUAUGCUAUAGUAUGCGUGCAUUAGCAUAGAUCAUAAGGGCUUUGCAACUAGAAGUUGGUGUAUGGGUACACUAUAGUAAUAAAUUUGUCCGUCUGUCUGUCUUUCCGAUCAACACUUUUUGUGACGCGACAACUGAUUAGUAAUCCCUAGUCCUGAUUAAAUUAGAAUAUCACUAAAUGACUGCACCUAUAGUCCUGAUUAGAAUAUCACUAAAUGGCUGCACCUAGUCCUGAUUAAAAUAUCACUAAAUGGCGUCACAAAGUCUUAAUCAGAAUAUCACUAAAUGGGUUGCACCUACAUGUAGUCCCGAUUUGAAUAUCAAUAAAUUGCUGCCCUUAGUCCUAAUUAGAGUACCACUAAAUUUGUUGUACACCUAAUCCUGAUUAGAAUAUCACUAAACGGCUGCACCUAGUCCUGAUUAGAAUAUCACUAAAAUGGUUACACCUAAUCCUGAUUAGAAUAUCACUAAACGGCUGCACCUAGUCCUAAUUAGGACAUUACUUAAUAGCUGUAUCUAGUCCUGAUUAGAUUAUCACUAAAUGGGAUGCACCUUUUCUUGAUCAGAAUUUCACUAAAUAGCUGUAUCUAGUCCUGAUUUGAAUAUCGCGAAAUAAAUUACAUACUCUGAUGAGAAUAUCAUAAAUGGGUUGUACCCUGCCCUGAUUAAAUACCGGUAUCUCUAAAUGGAUUUUUCAUGAAUACGUAAUUAAAAAGAAACAUAUCUUUUUAAAGUUAUAAAUGAAAUGCCUAGCAAAAUUUUUUUUUUCAAAAGGUCUGACAAUAUAGCUCCCAUAUUACAGAUAAUAACACAUGUAUUUAUCUUUUGUACCCAGUGGUAUAAUGAAUUAAUGUUUAAUUUUCUCCCUGAAAUUUAAUAUUGAUCACCUAUUUUGUGAAAAAAUUGUUUUUCCUUUCGUAAUCAUGAAUAGGAGUAUGCAUAAUUAUAUGCAAUAAGACUUGGAAGGAAAUUAUUCGAGUUUGAGGCGGCAAAGCUCUGGAACUCUCUACUAAAAGAAGUUAGAUUCUUCUCUUACAGUCACUUCCAAAUUUUAAUUUCAACAUACAUGUAGUGUUAAAUUAAAUUACUGCAGUAUGAGCUCCUGCAAUCUCCAGACUUUCCUGCCUCAAUCUUAACUACUCUCCCCCCCCCCUCUCUCUCUCUUGUUGAUGUUCAGUUGAUCUUCACUAAAUAAUUGAUUUCUCACCCUUAGUUUAUUUCUCUGUCAGAUCUAUUCUUGAUGACAUGUUGUAAAUUGAUACAAUAUAUUUGUAUGUAUUUUAUUUUUUCUCUUUUAUGUACAUUAUGUAUGUUUUAUGUGUUUUUAUAAUAAAUUUAAUGCUUAA